AUGGUUAUUGGAGGUAUGACGGGAAGCAUUGCAAGGACUGCUUUGAGGCAAAUUAGUCGAAAUGUGAGAGGAGGCAUUACUGAGAGCACUCAAAUUUCAUCAGUUUUGACGAGAAAGCAUCUUCAGAUUAACGAGCAGCGGAUAGCAUCACAACGAAGCAGCAGAUCGAUACACACAAGCAGCAAUGGUGGCGGUCAAAGGGCAAAAGCUAGCUCAAAAGCAUCUGCUUCAGCGUCUAUAAAUGCUACGGGAUCAUCAAUCGCACAUGAUAGCACUCAAGGAUCAAUUUUAUCUGCAUCGCCCGAAUCAUUUCUUUCAACGCUGGAACAAGAAGGAGAAAAGCAAAGAAUGAAAAUGUCUACAGUGCAACGUGGGACUACAUAUGAAGAACAUGUGAAAUCAUUCUUACAAAAAACAUUCCCGCGUAUGGACCUCAUGCGAAUCGGAGGUGCACAUGACGGAGGCAUCGAUUUGACGGGAUGGUGGUGGUCGCCAUUGAAAGAGUUGGCAGAGAGCUCUCUUAGUGAAACCCUCAAGGCUGGUCGUGUUCGCAUAACAGUUCAAUGCAAAUCAGAAGCAAGAAAAUUAGGUCCAAGGCAUGUUCGUGAAAUGCACGGAACGAUGGUUGCGAUUCAACGAUCGGGAUCUAUAGAACCAGAACCGCUUGAUGCACUUCCACAAUCUGUUUUAGAAGCUUCAAAAUUGGCUUUAGACAGUCACGACAGCUCUGUUCCCGCUAUGGCAAUCUUGGCUUCCAGUUCGGGAUUUUCAAAACAAUGUCUAUUACAAGCAUUCUCAGCACCUUUUCCACUUUUAUUGGUUCAUUUACUCUUUCCUGAUCAGCAAGGCAAUGUGCUGCAAGAUUCCACUCCAUUUGCACAUCCUACAAUUGCUGCCAAUGAUGCUUUGUUAACCGGACUAUUGCAAUCUCAAUUGCAAGUUCGUUGGUCUUCUACUUUGGCCACUCCUAUUGUCAAGCAAGGAAGGGGAAGGAAACCUAAUCCGGUCAAAAUCGAUAUGCCAGCUCUCUACCUGGGUGGGAAACGACUCUAA